AUGGCUACUCGUGCUAAAUCAGGCAUCACUAGCCUAAUCCGAGCUGUGCUUAAAAAUCGAAAAUGGACGAAGUCUAUGAUGGUUGAGAUGGAUAAUCAUUAUGAGAAUCACACAUUUCCUCUUGUUCCAUAUGAGCCGUCUAUGCAUGUUUUGGGGAGCAGAUGGGCACCACAGACAUGGUUUGAUAAGUUCAGAAGUGAUCCGGAGCAGUUCAAGCAUUUGAUGGCAGCUCUCGGUUCUCAGUUUUCUAUGAAGGAUCUUGGCCAUCUACAUUAUUUUCUUGGGAUUCAGGUUGAUACAACUGAGAAUUGUUUGUUUCUCAAUCAGAAGAAAUAUACUGAGGAUAUACUGCACACUGAAUGGAUCUAUGACAACAAUCCUAUGCCAACACCGUUACCUCUGCAUCUGUUUCCAAACAAUGCAACAGCUAUGAAACUGUUUCCUCAACCCUCUUAUUUUCGAAGUCUUGCUGGAAAGUUACAAUAUCUAACGUUGACAAGACCAGGUAUACAAUUUGCAGUCACCUUCAUGUCAGAGAAUGAAUCAACCGACUCAAUCAGACUUCAAUUUGCUGAAGCGAAUUUGAUAGACCAUUGA